AUACCGGACACGGUUAUGGGAUUGACAUUUGUUGCUGCUGGUGUAUCUGUGCCCGAUGCCCUAAGCUCAAUAGCGGUAAUCAAAGAAGGUUUCGGCGACAUGGCCGUAUCGAAUGCGAUUGGCUCGAAUGUCUUUGAUAUCCUAGUGUGCUUAGGUCUUCCGUGGUUUAUACAAACGGCCAUAAUAAAGCCGGGCUCGCACGUCAAUGUCAUUUCGAAAGGUUUGACAUAUUCCACUUUGUCACUUUUCUCGACGGUCAUCUUUCUCAUCUUAUCCACACAUUUGAACGGCUGGAAAUUGGACAAACGACUUGGCAUCAUCCUAAUGAUUUGGUAUUUAUGCUUCAUAACAUUGGCAUCGUUGUAUGAAUUAAAUGUAUUUGGAUACAUGAACCCACCGGAAUGCACCAGUGAUUACUAAGUACAUACUAGACCAAAUGUGGCUGUAAUAAAAAUAUAUGAAAAAAUAAUAAGGAGGAGGCUAAGGGCACAACAAGUUAUUGUAAAAGCUAAUCAACAAAUCACAGAACUAAGUUGCACACAAAUAGAUAUUUACAACUGUUGAUGUAUGUUAUGUAUUUGCGUAAGCUGAAAAAAAAAAAAAAGUUUGUAAAACUGGGUCGACGUCAAGAAGGUUUCGCAGAUUACGUAUCUACGUACAUACAUAUGUAUGAAUGUAAGAAAAAUCAAAACAAUGUAGAUACAUCUACAUAUAAAAAAUCCAUACAUACCUAUUAAUUGAUACCCUGCAGUAAAAUUAAGAGACAGUCUGACAAAGCGCUAGUUCCGAACUACAUACUAUAUCAGAACUAAAUCUGAACUAGCGCAAAACGGAUGCAGAGCGGGACAGUUGAAACUUGCGUUGUAUUGUACUCGUACAAUACGAAAGUAGCAAGCAUCGUUGGCCGUGAGUUCAAAUUGCGGUGGGGGCAGUUGUAAGUUUUCAAAGUUAAUGAAUUCAAAUUGUUGCGUACAGCUUGCAAUAAUUUUUAUUUUUAUUUUAUUUUUUUUUUUAAUAAAAUAUGUG